AAUUCAUGUUGAGAAUGUAUGCUUACGAUUUGUAUAUACAACAUACGGCAGCUGUAUGGUGCGAAACGCAAACUUUGGAAGAUUUUACAACACUAACUAUUUUCUUCUUUAUCAAAAAAAAAAAAAAGGUAUUUCAGCUCACAUUCAGGAUUUCAAGAUGUAUACAUUGGUGGUAACUUUGUUCCUCCUUAUCCUUCCAAAAUGUCUUACGCUUGGUCCACUUGAAUGUAGCGAUUGUUUCUAUCAAGCAAAAUGCUUUUGUACCGGAGAACAUACGCUUAUACAUCCAUCGAUGGAGGAAUGUAACGAAAUAUCAUGUCUCAACGAUGACAUGAAAACGAUAAGAAGCUUUUGCAAAGACACUGAAGGACAAUGUUUGGGCUCUAAAGAAUUUGCGUUUGGUACCUAUAACUUUCGUUGUGUAAAACUUUACUGCCAAAUAAAAGGAGACGAGGGCGGCACGUUACUGUAUGAUCAAGUUUGCAGAGUAGAUAAAAAUUUUGCGGAGGGAGACUACGCGGUCUAUGAAAAUCGAUUUGAAUGCUAAACAGAAAUUUCAUAUUUAGCAUUCUUUAAUCUCUAUACUAUUAACAGAAUAAAUAUGAAGAAAGUAUAAUGUGGUGUGGAAAUUAUUGUUAUUAUACAUGCUAUAAAUAUUGACUUUUGA